ACUGCGCUGACCCGUGGACGAGUGGCUCGCGCUUUACUGUAAUUCAGUGCGUUACCAAACUCAUCAAGAAUGAAGUGUUUCAAUGUGUCUGCCGCCGAGUGUACGUGUUGGCAUGUUUUGUAAUUCGCAUGGACAUAACGAAUCCGAGUUUUCCGUCAUCGCGAUGUGUCACGCGCGCCACGAUCGUCCUCAGUGAUAAAUUCCAGUGCGCUUAUCGAAUAACACAAGCGACGUACGCCGUUAACACGUAAAAUGGCGUGGUUCGGAGAUGGUUUUUCCAGCCUCUCCAGUUUAAAGGGACAGGUCACGAAUUUCACGAAGGCGGUCCUAUCCGAUGGCAUCGUCGACGAAAUGGACGAGCGAUCGAAGGCGUUGAAGGAGGCGAACGAAAGAUGUAGCCAGCUGCAAGAUCUGCUCACCGCCAAAGAUGCGGAGAUUUCUCUCCUGCGCCGGCAGAAUUGCGAGCUGCAGAGAACCGUCAUCGAGAUAGACGCAAAGUCCAAGGAAUCGAGGGACGCGGGUCACGCCGAUGAGGCCGAGGGCACCUUCUGGGAUCUGUCGUGCGUCGACAAUCGCAACGCGAGGAAUCAGAGUCAUGUACGCCAGCUGCAGGAGCAGUUGGCGCAAGCCACCGUGAAAGUACGCGAGUUAGAGUGCGAGCUAAAGCACGUUCAGAAGAUGAACAGUGCGGCCUUCAAGGAUGAUAUAUCCGACGGACAUCAGAAGGCCGAGGUCGUGCGGGCGAAACAAGACAUGCUGAACCGCAUAAUACAGAUGGAAGAAAAGACUCGGGAAGCAGAACGAAAUGCUAAACAUAUCCAAUUGGACGAAGCCAGUCUUGUCAAUGAUUUUCGUUCGGUAAUAUCGAAAUUAAAUUCACGUGAGAAGUGCGAUUUGGUCAGCGGAGCGCUGAAAGCUCUACAAAUCGAAAACGAGACGCACGAAACAAUCAAGGACCACGAGAAAUCCAAGGAAGAACCCGAGAAGAUCGGUGGCUUCGAAUAUAAUCCUUUAGCGCUCAAAUAUGCAAGCUCGCAACAGAGCAAACCGCACGAUUCGGCCCAAGAACUUUUGAUCAACAUGGAGGAGACGGCGCAGAAGAGAAUAGAGGAGCUCCAAAACGAAAAUAAAGAUCUUCUGGAUGCUAUGGAAAAACUGGACGAGGAACAUACGCAGUCGAUUGAAAAACUAUUGUCGCUCAAGGAAGAAAGUAAUAAGAAGCAUCGCUCUCUACAAAAUGCGUACGAACAACUUUCCAUAGAUUACAAUGAGACUCAGAAAAGAGUAAUUGAAUUGCGAAACAAUGCGUUGAAACACGAUGAAAAUACCUGUACAGAAACGACUCAUCAGUCUGUUCAAACUGAUGCGGAUAAAUCGCACAACCGCGUUCACAUAACAGUUCCCUCGCAAGAAGCUGACGUAGUAUCAGAAACGAGCGUUUUAGACGAUAUUACCGAGAAGGUUAAAACUAUUUUAAAGAACUGUACCUUGAGUAGCAUUGAACCGGGAGAAUCGGUCUUUGAAGCUGUCGCGAAACAGUAUGUUGAUUCUAAAUGGAAACUCGACAUUUUGGAAAGGAAAGUAACAGAGCUUACUAGAGAUUUGAAGGAAACCGAAGAGAUGAAAGAUGGCUUGCAAAUGGAAUGUGAGGAGCUGCAGUCUCACAUCGAUUCGUUAUUAUUAGAGAAAAAUAUUAGAAUGAAACCGUAUCACGGCUUAGAACUAAAUUUGCCGGCUAUUCCUGAGGCAAGCGAAGAACGAGUAGCUUCUCUGGAAAUGGAUGUUGAAACUUUGCGAGAUGAAGUGAACCGUCUCUCGACUGAGAACAAAACGAUACGAGAAACAAAUUCAACUUUGCUUGCUGCACAAAGUAACGAAGUGCCUUUGAUAGACAACGAUGAUUCGCAAAGAGAUAAAAGUACCAAACUGUAUACGCAUGUAGGGGAAAACAAAGAGCUUCCAGUAACCUCAGAAAUGAGUAUAAGUUCGAACGAAGAUAUAGCGUCGGUCGAGCAACUGACGUUCGAUCAUGAAAACGCGAAAGAGGAAUUGGAAUUUUCGGUAUCCAAAACGAAGUUGUUAGAAACUAAUCUUGCAUCUUUGCAGGACACCGUAAACAAAUUGGCGGAAGAGAAUAAAGAUUUGUUACAGAAGAAUGAUCACUUGGAUUUGCAAUUAUAUGACAGGGCUGUGCAAGAACGUGACCUGCAAGAAGAAACUUAUCAUGUGUUGAGAAACUUGCGAAAACGGCUCGAUAAAGCUAAUCGUGAAAAAGUAGAAUUGGAAAAUGUUAUUUUUUGUAAGAAUGAAUCAUUAAGAAGGAUGGGGUCUCUAAUUGACACGGCACAAUCUGAAGUAGUAAAAUUGAGUCAGGAUAAUGAUAGAUUAAUUAAAGAAAAUGUAUCUCUGUCGGAGCAAUUAACUGCUAUACACGACGAAUCCUCGGGUAAGAUCGAGCUGUUGAACACAGAAAUGUCAUUGCUUCAGCAAGAACAUGAAGACUUGAAACACGAGGUAUCGAUUUAUAAAGAAGAGUUACCUGUGCUGAAGCAAAAACUAUACAAGGCGCAGGAAUAUAACACAGAACUGGAAAACAAAUAUGCGUUAAAGAUGCAAAGCGAGCAAUCCGAAUUACAUAAGAAAGAUAUUCAUAGUCAGGCGAUGGAAAUAGAACGGCACGGAAACGAAUUAAAUCUUAAAGAGCCGUUUACUGAAGAUUUGAACUUGCUACGAAACAGAUGCGAGCUUUUGGAACAAGAAAUAGAAAUGCUUCGUAAGGAAACACAGGAAUUAAAAAAAAAUACCACGGAGAUAUCUUCGACAAACAAAGAUAGAGCUAAUAAAGAGGAAGAACUUUUAAUUGCUGAAGAUAAUUUUGUCGGAGUACAAAACACAGACGUAAAAACAGAAAAACACGAUUUAAUGACAAGAGAUAUGGAUACAAUGUUAAACGAACGACAAAUGUUUGAAUCGAUUGUCGAUGAAGAAAGGCGAGAAAAAGAUAGCAUAAAAGCACGCAAUAAAAACUUAAUGGAUGAGAUCAAUGAUUUGCGCAGCAAGUUGCAAUCCGCUUUCGAGAAUAAUAAAGAGUCGGCAGAGAUGGCUAAACAGACUAUUGAAGAUCUUUCUCAUAUUAUUCAAGGAAAAGACCAGGAGAUAAACAUUUUGCAAGCUGAGAUAACUCACGUGAAGAAUAUUAUCGCGCAAUCUUUGAACGAUCUUACUGCUAUCCAAAACCAGAAAAGUGAGGUCGAACAACUCGUUUCCGUUAAACAUCACGAAAGUUUGCAAUAUCAAAGCGAGAUCCAAAAGUUGAUUCAACGCGUAAAUGAGCAAGCGGUUCACAUCCAGGAAUUAAUUUCGGAGCGAACAGCGAACGAGAUGCGCAACAAGGCGAAUAUAGAAGAACAGCAAGCAGACCCUGAUCGUAACGGACUUGAUCAUUCCAGACAGAGUACCGAAAUCGCGGCUCUGAACAAAAAAUGUGACGCCUUAGAAGCUGCUCUUGUGCAAGAGCAGUCCAACACGAGAAUCCUGCAGAACCAGCUUACUGAAACUCAAAACAAGGAAGCUAACUCCGCUAAAGAAUUAGAAAGACUAAGAACGCACUUGGUCGAAAUGGAAUCAAGCUAUACGGAGGAAGCUUUGAGCGCCGAGAAUAAUCGUCAGGAACUAGAAGCGAGAUUAUUGCAGGCUGAAGAAAAAGUGAAGAGCAAUUCGAACGCCCUCACAUCGGCAAACAUCAGGUCUAAUCAGCAGGUGGAAACGCUGCAGCAACAAAUAGCUCUGAUCACUCAACAGCGGGAUCAGAUACAGGCGAAGUUGUCUGCCGCAGAGGACAAUAUUCAGCUGCAGUCUGCCUCUUUGACUAACUUGCAAAUAGUCUUGGAGCAAUUUCAACAAGAUAAGGAACGCGAUGUCAUGGCGACUACAGAAAGACUUCGAUCUCGACUCACCGAGUCAUACGAGAAACAAGAUAAAUUAUUAGAUGACAUUUCGAAUCUUCAGCAACAGUUACGUGAAGCUAGAGAAUGCUUGAAAGCUGCCUCUAGACUAAGCGAACAACUGGAGAAGAAAGACGAACAAAUCGAGCGACUCAACGAGGAAGUAGCACGAUUGACAGCGUCCUUGAAUUUCGCUGACCAAAAGAUGAAAGAGAUAGUGGAUCACGACGAGGAAAAGGUCGACAAAGUUCUCGUAAAAAAUCUUCUUUUGGGUUACUUGUCUUCGGCCACGUCGGACAAGUCUUCGAUCCUCAGAGUUUUUGCCAACGUCUUGGACUUCACAGAGCCGGAGAAAAAUAAGACCGGCUUGAACAGCGUGGCGGCACACGGUAGCAAAGAUUGUGUAUCGUUAAAAGAUCGAGAAGCAUCUUUAUCAACAGCCUUCGUGCGAUUUCUAGAGAGCGAAUCUAAGCCGAAGCCUCAGUUACCAGCUUUACCGAUCGUGAAUUCACCUUCGUCGCGACCAGGAUAUAACAAACAACAAUCGUCAUCGUCAUCAUCAUCGACGCAAUCUACACUACUGUUGUCCAACGUUGCUCUUCCGACAUUCCCAGACUUUAUGCCAGCCAGAAAUACAGGAUCUAUCUUGAAGGAGGUGUUGAAAGACAGUUGAUUAAGCGCAUUAUAUUAAACUUUGUACAAAUAAUGUUAGAAGUUACAAUACAUUCGAUUGCAUUUUAUA